CUUAUCUCUUUCCUCACAUCACAUUCGCUGUAUAUAUCCAUUAUGUGAACCACGCUCACCUUAAGCGCAGCCCCCACCAUUUAUAUUCUCUCUAGCUUCAAUUCUUCUAGUUUUUACCAAAGAAAACUCUUUCUUUCUUCACUCUUCCUAUACCUCCUUUUUCUUUCUAGAGCUAUCAACAAACACACAUAUCGGGGUUGGUUUUGUUCAUUUCAAUGGAGAAUAACAAUAAUUAUUCCAUGCUGUUUCCUUGUCCUUCUUCUUCCACAAGUGUUGUGGGAAGUUCUCACAAUGGUUAUAGUGGUUUGAAUAAUGAUCACCAAUUUGAGAAGAGAGUGGAAGAUGCUAGAGAUGGCAUAUUGUCACAGAUUAAUGUGAGUGAUAACAAAAAGAAAGGGGAGAAAAAGGCUAGAAAGCCAAGAUAUGCUUUUCAAACGAGGAGCCAAGUUGAUAUUCUUGAUGAUGGCUAUCGAUGGAGGAAAUAUGGCCAAAAAGCUGUUAAGAACAACAAAUUCCCCAGGAGCUACUACAGGUGCACGCAUCACGGGUGCAAUGUGAAGAAGCAAGUGCAACGCCUAACCAAAGACGAAGGGGUAGUGGUGACAACUUAUGAAGGAGUGCACACUCACCCAAUUGAGAAGACAACUGAUAACUUUGAACACAUUUUGAAUCAGAUGCAAAUAUACACUCCAUUUUGAAUCAAAGAAACUGGCACAUAUAUGAUAUAUGAAUUUUCUUCUGCCAGUUAGAACAAUUAAUAUAUAUUCAGUGUCUUCUUCUAGUUGUAGUUCUUCCUUUGAUACAAAAAUAAAAUUGUGUCAGCACAUGCGUAAUCUAGUUUACGUACGUGAACUCUUCUUAUUAUUAGACAAUCUUCUCUGUUCUUUUAUUAUUGGAGUAUUAGCUUAUGUAAAUUCAGCUGUACUUCAUGCUGCAGAUACACACAGGUCAAUAUCCUUUAAUUUAUUCCUUUUUUUUA